UUCUUUGAAAAUAUCUAUCUGGGCUGGGGCCUCAAAUCUUCUGGUCCUGCAGGCUUUUCACCAGAACUUAUACCACAACUCUUCCCAGAGUAUCCUGAGAGUGGUCACGUUCAGGAGGCCAUGGAUCCAAGUCCAGAGGACGAAGCUGCUGUCAGAGCAUCUCAUUUAGUCGAGGGAGGAGAGGAAGAAGAACAAAUGAGCGAAAAUGAUCCAGGUGAUGAAGAUAGCGAAGCUGAGUAG